AUGCCAUCCCAACAGGACGAAAAGCGCCAAGCAGCUCGUGAAGUCAUCGAUAUCCUUCACGAGAUAUCCACGCUCCUGAAUACCCAUUUGGACCGCACAGAGUUGUCUCUAUGUGUAUCUCUAAUUGAAAAUGGCGUCAACCCCGAGGCGCUGGCCACCGUGAUCAAGGAGCUCCGGAAGGAGUCGAGUCAAAGCAGAGGGCUUGUCGGUGGUGAAUAG